GGUCAUCAUAGAAGACGACAUCAUCCCCGUUGAAUCCUGCUCCGAAGACGAAGAUGGCAACCCCACUGUACGCAGAGUCUCCAAGCGCAAACGAACACCGUCACCGACCCCACCCCCACUAGAUGCCCUCAUUGACGACGACCUUCCGCCCCAAGGCCAAAGCGAGGACGAGGACCAGGAUACUGACAUGGGUCGGCCUAUCGAGCUUACCUUCCAGAUUCCACCAGGCUUCAAAGGCCCGCUGGUCGUGAGGCUGGAUCGCAAGCUCCUGACAAGCGCAGGGACUGACCCCAACUCGGCGAAGCAUGGAACCGACGAUGCAUCACGCUUGUGGUUUGCGAAACGUCACCGGAAGACAACUCAAUCGAUGACUAAACGCCCAGCCAAACAUUCCGCAGGCACACACCAGCCCAAUGCCACAGGCUUCCUCAAACUGCCACCAGAGCUGCGGAACAAGAUCUAUGGGCUCCUGUUCGUUUCACAGAACGAGUUGAGAUUCAGCAACCCGCAAUUCAGCCUCUCUUCUGCAUUCCUACGGACCUGCAAGCAAGUACAUGACGAGGGUCGGACCGUAUUGUAUGGUGAGAGCACCUUCGUGUUCGAGAGGAACAGGAAUAGCAGGUCGCCUUUCUGGGACCCCGUGGCCAAGGAAAUUGGUUAUAAGGACAUGCGUCGAUUUCUCACCAUGAUCGGAGAUAACUUGGCUCUGCUUCGCCAGAUUCGGGUAGUCUUUGAGGACGCCACCCCAUCCUCGCUACCAUACGUCCGGAGCCAGGAGGAACGGCGUUUCAUCCACGACGAGCAUCUCAUCGAGUGCCUGCGGAUUCUUCGUCGCGCAGAACUCAAAAAGCUUACGCUCUGCUUCCAUGGCCGCAAGACUUUGACGGAGUACGAUGGAGUCUCAUUCCUUGGGCGUGUCUGCGAAAUCCAAGCGGACAAGGUCGACAUCAUCAGCAAUCCGAGAUGCUGGUACAUGGAAUCCAAGAUUCACUAUACUGUGAAGGAGCCUUUGGUGAAGUCCAUGACGCGGGAUCCCCCUCUCUACACUGUCAAGUAGUGGAUGGGACCGCUCUGGCUCAUCACGGAAUUUGGCCUGGUUUUCAUGGCUCGUUUCCCGAUACCCAUGCUUUCAACGUCUCAUAGCUCCAUACCUUCUUGUACCCCGAUCAGCGGAUCUUCUACUCUGCUUUCGGACCCCCCCCUCCCAGUUAUAUUUUACUGGUUGGGAGGGUUCCCUAUUUGUAUAUACUUACUACACAUUCGGUAGUUAUGGCGUUUCGAUUUUACGAUUAGGUUCCAAUCGACUCUUAUAAUAAUGUCUGCUCUCACGGAGGUACCUUCGGUAUCGACGGCAUGUAUAUAAUAUGGCAGGUUUAAGUUAUGGCUAACACCAUUUUAUGUUGCCUUUCA